AUGCUAAGGUCAAUACUGCUAACAGCACUCGCUUCAGGUGCUACUGCCAGCUGGGAUGCAAAUCUCAACUACAGGUCACCAUCAUUCGACCAUGAGCACCUCGGCAUCGACAUGAACAAGGUCCAGUCGCGCAGCCUAGAGAAACGGGACUAUACCGAGUGGAAGACAGAGGACCUCAGCUUUACCCAUGGCGUUGCUUCUGGAGAUCCGCUCGCCGACUCUGUUAUCCUGUGGACCCGUGUUGCGCCAACCAUGGAUCAUGACCGAUCCAACGUCACGGUUGAGGGCGACGUGGAGCUGUAUUCUCAUGAGACAGAACGCUGGAUUCAGGCUUCAAAGCGUCCUAUUUGCGUUGAUUGGCGGCUCCAUGAGGAUGCUGAGCUCUCAGGUCAGGCGGCAGCUUCUGGUCGAGGGUAUACGACCUCAGAUAUUGACUAUACACUCAAGGUUGAAGCUACUGGUCUACAGCCAUUUACCACGUAUUACUACCAGUUCAACGUAUGCGACACCGAUAUUGUCAGUCCCCUCGGGCGGACCAAGACCAUCCCUGCAGAGGAUGACGAAGUGCCGCUAAAGCUUGGUGUCUUCUCCUGCGCAAAGUAUUAUCGUGGUUAUUUCAACGUUUACGGCAAUGCCGCCCGUAAAGACAACCUUGACUACAUGGUCCACCUCGGCGACUAUUUUUACGAGGAGCCAGACGGGCAGGGGGAACGGGCUAUGGACCCACCAAGGGAGCUCAUUACUCUUUACGAUUUCAGGACACGCAUCGGUCAAUAUCGGACUGAUAGUGAUCUACUUCUUAGCCACCAGCAGUAUCCAUGGAUUACCACAUGGGACGAUCACGAGAUUUCCAACAACAAUUGGCGCGCGGGUUCCAGCCAAAUGAACAAUACGGAAGAGUCAUUCCUAGAGUUCGGUGGCGUCUCAUUUGACACCCUCAAGAUGAAUGCUGUCCGUGCGUACUUCGAGUGGAUGCCUAUUCGACAAGCCGAUCUCGACGACAACUUGAGAAUCUGGAGGAAUUUCCGAAUGGGAAAGCUAUUCGACCUCAUCAUCCUCGACACCCGUGCCUACGAUCGUUCUGUUACAAGCUUGCGAUGGAACAAUGAUCACAUUGGCGAGGACCUUUCUAAUGACGCCUCUCGCAGUCUCAUGGGUGGUCGUCAAGAGAAAUGGUUCUACCGACAACUGUCCGAAUCAAGUGACCGCGGUGCUGCUUGGCGGGUCAUCGGCAACCAGAUCAUCUUUUCCCAUGUUAAUCAGUCUGGCAUUGGUGAAGGAUCUGAGCUGUUCCCAUACUCUCCUGAUGAGUGGAAUGGCUAUGUCGCAAAUCGCAACCGCACGCUAAAGCACAUAUUGCAGAAUGACAUCAACAACACUAUCGUUCUCGCCGGCGAUAGUCAUGCUAACUGGGUGAGCGAUAUCACUUGGGAGGGCCUAAGGGAAUACAAUCCGGAGACCGGUGAAGGCAGCCUUGGGGUCGAAUUUGCCGUUACGGCCGUCUCAUCUGAUGGGUACGGCGAGUUCAACAACUCGCACAGCAACCAACAAAGUCGAGAUCUAGUCAGGGACAACCCCAACCUGCACUGGGCUGAAGGCUACUACAGAGGCUACCUCGAGUUGAGCAUUGAAGCCGACCGUGUGGACGCUCGGUUCUGGGGUUCGCCCUCCGUGGCUACCCGUAAUCCCUACGAGCUUCCGAUGGCCAACUUCACCGUCCAGAGCGGUGCCAACCGCCUUCAGCGCCCUUUCGGCGAUGUCGUCAACGGAGCCAUUUCUGGAGGGUUCCCAACUUUCGACAACACCACGCUCUCAACCGAGAAUGGAACGUGGUUUGAGCAGGAGUGGGCUGACGUGGUGGAAAUGUUCUUGUGGUACCCCGAAGACUUUGAGUAA